UUUUCAAAUCCAUCUUUUCGACAUGUCUUGCAUGAUGGAUUUCACAUUGUUUAGCGAUUUCCGAGGAUUUCCUCCUUGUCCUUUGCUUCUGAUUUUUUCGACUUCCCUCCGCGUCUGUCCUCCCACACGGCGUUUAUCCUUUGCUUUUUGGUAUUUUCCCCGAAACCCCUAGAGUUUUUGCUUUCCAAAUGUUUUCUUCUUCAAUUCUUACUGUACCCUACCGUAUGUUCUACACAAAAGUCUUGUCCCCACUUUUCGUCACUUCAUCUACGUCAAUCUACGGAUCGACGGAAAGCUUUUUUCUUUUUUUUUCCAUUGAUUUAACAUUUGCUUAUCUGUUUACUUUACUUUUGUCCUUAUUGUCUUCGCUACCUUUGUCCUUGUUGUCUUCGCAUUGCAUUCCCUCUCGUUGUCAUCUUAUCUCGCCCUCCUCCUCAUCCCUCACCCAUCAUCCUCAUCAUCAUCGUCAUCCUCUUCCCAUCGUCGUCAUUUUUUCAUCAUCCAUGUCAUUGGUACGUCAAGCGUCAUGCUUCGCUCGGGCUCUGGUGUACAAAAAAAGGAGAAGAUGAAUUGAAUGAGGCAUAUCAUGUCUCGAUUUAUUGUCCUUUUCCCCCCUCCUCUUUCCUUCUCGUUUCGCCCUCCAUCUCCUUGCUUGUCCCGAUUUCCUUUUUCUCGAUUUUGCAGUGUUGGGAAGGGGGGAAUGGCAGGAGACCUUUUUUACCUUUUUUUUUUGA